UAACUGGAGCGGCGAGCGCAUCUCGAAAGUCUUUUGCUUCCUCCCCCCCCCCCCCCCGCGCCUCUUCUCCCUUUCCCAUCAUGAAGAAGCUGGCGAUGCGGCUGCUGUGGGCGCUGGCAGGACUCCUGUUGAUGCUUUCUCUUGCGACAAGCAGCACAGAGCCCCAGUGUAACUUGUAUACCCUGCCUGGAUGCCCAAGGAAUUUUAAUCCAGUUUGUGGAACUGAUGGAGAAACAUAUGCAAAUGAAUGUAUACUUUGUCUGAAAAACAGAGAGCAGGACGGGGACAUACAAAUUGCCUAUAAGAGUUCCUGUUCAUGAGAGGAGGCUCAAGGAACAGAAAAAGAAAACCCAUAAUCUGCUAAGAAGUUGAAACCAUACUUACUUUUAAUGUGCCCUUAAAGCUGUUAAAAUAAAUGCAAGCUUACAUGCUUU